UAACGGUUCACAAAAAAAUAAAUUAACACCGGCUCGAUUUAUUAAUGAUACGUGUAAAAAUACUUCCUUGGGUGGACAUUAUAUGAACAAGUGUUUUAAAAAAUUGGAUUUAUUGCUAAAAUCUCAGCAAUUGAAUUAUGAAGACACAAUAUUGUUUAGCACUGCUCUUGCUGCUAGUACCAGGAAACAGAGCCAUCUUAGUAAAUGUUGCUCUUGGAAAGAAAACUGAACAGUUUGGACGACAAGGAACAUGGCCAUCUUCAAAUGCAGUUGAUGGAGUGAAAGAAUGCCAGAAUAUCAACGACAAAUAUCUUACAUUAUCAGGAUACAGUGAUUUACCGUGGUGGAAGCUUGACCUUGGAGGAUUAUUUCAGAUUCAUCAAGUCAAUAUAUUUGGAAGGAACGACGCCCAAUUCAGUAGAUUCAAAGAUUCGUGGUAAUCGCAAACUGUUUGAUACAAUGGCAGGAUUUGUCUCAAAUUAUAUCACAGAAGUGUUUGGAUAUUAUGACUACAAACUAUUUGAAUACAUUAUAAAUUUCUCCGGUAUAUUCAUUGUGUUCGUAUACCAACAAAUCUGAAUAAUUACAUGGAGAUAUGGGAAAUGUACAAAGGCAAACUGUAAACUUUUAAUGUUUAAUAUUAGAUUUAAAUACUCAAAAUCUGGAUACAAAGUGAUCCCUCGGAAGCAUUAAUCACAACAAAAUUACACGAGAAUUGCAGACUCGGUUUGACUGAGUUUUUUCUGUACAUGAGGGAUAAUGAAUAAGUGCAACAUCACUCACGCCCCCUAGCACCGGCUUGAGCGGUAAUCAAGUCACCUGAUAAUCUUAUUGUUUGUUUGUUUGGAUUUUACGGCACGUCAACACAUAAAUGGCCAUAUCGUGCCGAAUGCUAUAAUCUUAUUACCAUGAAUAUAUACAAUUUGCAUUAAGAAGAGGCGUUGAAGUAUAAUAUAUUAGAGAAAAAAAGAUAUUCAAACAUUAAUUAAACUAGCAGACUUUCAUCUCACAGCGGUUUUAAACACGAAUUUCAAUAUGAAAACUCUUUAAGCAUUAUAAAUACAUGUCUCAAUAGAAUUAUUUGAACCAAAUUCAAUCUGAAAAUAUAAAACGCUAGGCACGAUAAUACUCCAGGAGAAAAUAUCGGAAUUUU